AUGAGCAAAAAUAUUUCGUUGUACUCAAUUUGGCUAUUAAUUCUUCAUUUCCUCACAACUGCUUCAUCGAAGGGAAUAUAUUUCGUUGAAGAGAAAAACGAUCAAACUUAUGCGGAACAAAUCUCUGGGUCCGUUAACUUCAAAUGUUAGAUUAAACAAGUUCUCUUUUCGUUACAGAAACGUAAAAAAGCAGGUAAGCAAUCAAAUCUUGGAGAUUCUCGAUCUGGAAGACCACGAAUCCACCGCAUCACGCUAUGAAAGCCCGGUUGCUUCGUCUUUCAUGCAAAAUCUUUACUCAGAGAUGGAAGAGUCGGAGAACAAGUUGUUUAUUGUGAAUUAAUGGAAUAAAGAACAAAAUUCAGCUUACGAGUUCCAAGUAAAGCUCAAGACUGGUUCAAUGCCGAUAAAGUCGUUUCGAUUACACCGAUAGGUAAUUAAAAAAUUUUUUUUUACGAAUUUUUUUAAUAUUUUUUUUAGAUAUCUCAAAACAGACGAAAAAGUUCAAGCUGAAGUUUGCUCUUGAGGAUUUUCCAGACGCCAAUGAAAACACUCUUCUGGCUGCUCAACUGCGGAUACACGUUGAGAUUUCAGAUAGUUUGAGUUCUAGAAUCAGCUACAUGUCGGGGUCUUCUGAGUAUGCUUUUUCAAAUUAGGCUUAAAAUUUCGAUUUUUUCAGCGAUGUUCAAGUUGCCACAGUUUCCAAAACCGAUCCAACAGCUGUUUUCAAUUUCACGUCGAGCCUCGAAAAAUGGCUGGAGAAGCGUGACAAAACCGUUAUUGAACUGACCGUCGAAGAUGGUUUGGAAGAAUAAUUCCUGGUUUCGAAAAAAUUUUUAGGACACACAACGUCUAUCGACGCUUUCAUAGUCUCCUCUUUCCGUGACAACGGCUUUCGGCAGCCAAAAAGACGGUAGUAACUGGAGAGAUGAUUUAAAUUGGCUUUUUCAAAAGUUUCAGGUCCAGACGUGCUGCUUCAACAACCCCAAUCAGUCGUCCUCCAGGGACUUCCAGAAAAAUUCAACCCCUCAUCGAACACGAUGGUUUUAUGUAAUCGAAAAUUUCUCUCAAAGUGAAUUUCAGGGUCAACGAGUUGCAAGAAGCAGGGGAUGUACGUGGAUUUCGAGGCUCUCGGCUGGAAAGUCAGUUUUCUUUUUAAUUCAAUUGGAGUAUCUUCGUUCAAAUAGUGCCCAAUUUUGAGAGAUGUCAGAAAAGUUGAGCAUCUUUGAAAUCGGUGGGAGUGCAAAAAGCUACUUACACCAAUAAUACUUCAUUUUCAGGAUUGGGUGAUCGCUCCACAAGGUUUCAAGGCGUACUAUUGCGCUGGAGCUUGUACCUUUCCUCUUCAUCACACUAUGAACGCCACUUCACACGCGAUUGUUCAGGCUUUGGUAAUACUUUGUGUUCUUUCCCGUCGAAACACCUCUUCAGGAAUAGCUAUCCAGAAAAAAAGGCCAAAAAGCUGGAGGAAGGAAGGAUAGAGUUUCAGUGGAGGCUACAAAAAACACUAGACAAUUAAAAGCUUUCUGUGACUUUUUAAAAGCUUUCUGUGACAAUAUCAGAAUACAUUACAUACAAUUUUUUAAAGAGGACUGGACAGGCUAAGAAGGUUUGAUUAUUCUUGUUUUCGUUUCGCGAAUUUCCAUAAUUGUUUUCAAAAACUUUUCUUUUCUGAUAAAUCAUAGUAGCCAACCUGCGCAAUUAUCUUAAGUCGAUCUCAAAAACUUCAUCCAGAUCUUCAAAAAAUGUUUGAAAGAGCUGAUCGCACUUUACUAUAAAUUUUCACAAUUAUGACCUAAACUGCCAGAAAAAUCAACUUCAGGUUCACGCUGUACGGCCGAAUGCAGCGAAAGAAGCAAAAUGCGCUCCGGCGCAACUUCUCCCGAUGAAAAUUCUCUUCGUUGAUAACAAGAAGAAUGUCCACAUAAAAAGGUACCGCGACAUGGUCGUCCAGGAGUGCGGCUGCCACUGA